AUGGCUAGUGUUCAAAAUAAAGGCAACUUGAAGCCGGGUUUUCAGGGAUCUCCAAUGUUUUGGAUCGACAAUGAUGGAUUGUUUCUAGUAUCCAACAAUUCAAAUUUCGCUUUUGGGUUCACCACUACCCAAGAUGUCACUUUGUUUCUCCUUGUUGUCGUUCACAAGGACAGUUCAACUAUAGUGUGGUCUGCUAAUAGAGGUUCCCCAGUCGGGAAUUCAGAUAGUUUCGUGUUUGACGAUAACGGGAGCGCUUAUUUACAACGCGGUGGAUCCACAAUUUGGUCCACGGGUACCUCUAACAAAGAUGUUUCUGCAAUGGAAUUACUGGACUCGGGAAAUCUGGUUUUGCGUGGGAAUGAUGGAAGUGUAGUUUGGCAGAGUUUUGACCAUCCCACAGAUACUCUACUUCCAAACCAGGAGUUUAGUGAAGGGAUGAAACUUGUAAGUGAUCCUGGAUCCAAUAACUUAAGCUAUUCCCUUGAGAUUAAGUCUGGGGAUAUGAUUCUCUCCACGAGCUUCCGACCCCCACAGCCAUACUGGGCCGCGGGAAGGGACGCACGAAGAACCAUCAAUAAAGAUGGCAAUAAUGUCACUUCAGCAACUCUUAAUGCUAAUUCUUGGAGAUUCUAUGAUGGAAAUAAGGUCUUGCUCUGGCAAUUUAUUGUUGACGAUAAUAAUGCAAAUGCAACUUGGGUUGCUGUUUUGGGAUCUGAUGGUUUCAUUACUUUCGUCAAGCUUCAAAGAGGUUCUACUAAUCCCUCCUCAAUAAGAAUACCAGAGGAUCAGUGCAGCAGACCUGCAGCUUGUGAUCCCUACUAUGUUUGUUAUCCUGGCAACAGGUGCCAGUGUCCAUCAGCACUUCCCUCUUGCAAAUUUGGAGCUCGACCUACAUGCAAUAACUCACAGGAUUCUGUGGAGCUUUUAAGUCCAGGUGAUGGCCUCAGCUACUUUGCACUUGGGUUUGUCCAACCGUUCUCUAAAACCGAUUUACAAGGCUGCAAAGAUUCUUGCCUUAGAAAUUGCUCUUGUGGUGCUAUGUUUUUUGACAGCGAUUCAGGGAAUUGUUUUCUGUUUGAUCAGAUAGGAAGCAUGCAAGGAUCCCUCAACAGGGCGGGCUAUGCUUCUUACAUCAAAAUCUCGAGUAAUGGGGGAAACAGUGAAGACAGUGACAAGAAGCGCUUUCCUAUAAUCAUUAUCAUUGUAAUUUUGGCAUUAUUUGUUAUGCUGAGUUUGCUUUUAGCUGGAUUUUAUUACUGCAAGAAGAACAGGAAAGUGCCCACGUACCAAAAAGAGAGCUCGGAAGAGGACAAUUUCUUGGAGGGUUUAUCUGGGAUGCCAGUCCGUUUCAGAUAUAAAGAUCUCGAGACUGCAACUAGUAACUUCACUGUGAAACUUGGGCAGGGAGGGUUUGGUUCAGUUUAUCAGGGGACUCUCCCUGAUGGGACUCGCGUGGCUGUGAAAAAAUUGGAAGGCAUUGGUCAGGGUAAGAAAGAAUUUAGGGCUGAAGUUAGUAUCAUAGGCAGCAUCCACCAUCUCCAUCUGGUGAGGCUUAAAGGCUUCUGUGCUGAGGGAAGCUACCGGCUUCUUGUAUAUGAAUACAUGGCAAAUGGAUCGUUAGAUAAAUGGCUUUUCAGGAAAAACGAAGGAGAGUUGAUGUUGGAUUGGGAUACAAGAUACAGUAUUGCAGUGGGUACGGCUAAAGGCCUUGCUUACCUCCAUGAAGACUGUGACGUAAAGAUAGUUCACUGUGACAUCAAACCUGAAAACGUGCUUCUUGAUGAACACUUCAUGGCCAAAGUUUCAGACUUUGGUUUGGCUAAGCUUAUGACUAGAGAGCAGAGCCAUGUUUUCACCACAUUAAGGGGCACCAGGGGGUACCUUGCCCCCGAGUGGAUCACAAACUAUGCCAUAUCAGAGAAGAGCGAUGUUUAUAGCUAUGGAAUGGUGUUGCUUGAAUUGAUCAGUGGCAGAAGAAACUAUGAUCCUGCAGAAAGUUCAGAGAAAUCCCAUUUUCCGUCCUUCGCUUUUAAGAUGAUGGAAGAAGGAAAAUUGACGGACAUCGUUGACACUAAACUGAAGAUAGACGAAGAGGACGCGAGGUUUUCCACAGCAAUCAAAGUAGCUUUGUGGUGUAUACAGGAUGAUAUGUACCACAGGCCGCCAAUGGCAAAAGUAGUGCAAAUGCUUGAGGGGGUCUAUCCUGUCCUCCCACCACCGACUGCGUCUCAACUUGGUUCCCGGAUGUUCUCGAAUUUGUUCAAAUCAAAUAGUGAGGAGGGCACUUCAUCGGGACCGUCGGACCGUAAUAGUGAUGCUUAUCUUUCAGCAGUUCGCCUUUCGGGUCCUAGAUAG